AAUACACCGAGAUAAACAGCUCAGUUGACGACUGAAAUAAAUGCGGAAGGACUUGCUGCUUUUAAAUCCACAUUUGUUUAGUUUCAUUUUGAUGAAACUGGGAUGUUGUAAAAUUCACCAAGCUCCACAUCUCACUGCGGCGGCGGCGGCGGCGGAGUGAGCCACAGUGGUCAUCUCAUCACAAAGACGCAACAUUUUCACGGAUUGUACAUUAUUUUUUUAUCUAUAAAUUAUGUUGAAGUCCUGUUGUGUAUACAGCACGGGAGUGCUUUGCAUACUUUUUUUAAUUGCGGGGAUAUCCUUGGCGUUGUCGCAGGUCUUUCAAAACAUCGUGUACAAUAGAAUCAAAUCGGAGGUGGUGUUGAAGAAUGGCACAGAUGCAUUUGCAGCCUGGGAGAAUCCGCCCCCACCGGUUUACAUGCAGUUUUAUUUCUUUAAUUUGACCAAUCCCAUAGAGGUUUUGGCUGGGGAUAAACCUGCUGUAGUCGAACUGGGACCUUAUACCUAUAGGGAAUACCGCCCCAUGUCAAAUGUAACUUUCUUGGAGAAUGGCACCAAAGUUGAAGCAAUCAAUCCUAAGACUUAUGUGUUUGAGGCCAACAUGUCGAGUGGAUCAGAAGAGGAUCUCAUCCGAACCGUCAAUAUCCCAGCAAUGACAGUGAUGGAGAAGAUGAAGGACAGCCCUUUUAGUGGAACUCUGAUCUCAAAGUACAUGACAGGGGAGGAGAUCGGCCUUUUCACCUCCGUCUCGGUGGGGGAUCUGCUGUGGGGUUACGAAGACAAACUGCUAGAGAUGGUAAAAACAUUCGAGCCAUCCCUCGAUACCAAGUUUGGACUCUUUUACAAGAUGAAUGGGACAGAUGAUGGUGACUACGUGUUCUACACUGGAUCUCAGAAUUACGAAGAUUUCGCCAGGGUGGCUUUGUGGAAAGGCCAAAGCUCUCUGAACUGGUGGACCUCUGAUGAAUGUAAUAUGAUCAAUGGAACCAAUGGAGCCUCCUUUCACCCUAUUGUCAACCAGAGCGAGACCCUGUACAUGUUCUCCUCAGACCUCUGCAGGUACUCACUGUUUACAUUACAUCACCACCACUACCUGGACAUGUUCUGCCAUCCAUCCCCUCUCUGUCUUUCUGUGACCUUGAUAAUCAUUGGAACUCCAGUUCCAAAGUUUUACAAGAUAUCAACAGGAAAAUGGGUGUUAUUGAGGGGAGUGGAUGGUGAUGUGGAUAUAUUUCACUACAACUGCAACUCAGAAUUGUCUUCUUGUGUUUACUUCACAGGCGCCCCAAUCAUCAUGUCCUCGCCACAUUUCUAUCAGGCUGAUGAGAAGUUUGUGGAGGAUGUCAUCGGGAUGAAACCCAAGAAGGAGCACCAUGAGACCACCAUUGACAUAAACCCGCUCACAGGUAUUGUGCUGCGUGCUGCCAAGAGGCUGCAGGUGAACGUGCUUGUCGAGAAGAUCCAAAUCUUCCAAAGUCAGACGGGUGAUGUCAGGACCUUGGUGUUCCCUGUGAUGUAUCUCAAUGAAAGCGUUGUCAUUGAUGACGACUCGGCUAAGAAGCUCUUGGCCGUGGUGGCCGAGGGCAACGUGGUGAUCAACAUCCCCUUCAUUAUCAUCGGCCUGGGCGUCCUCUUGGGUGUGGUCUUCAUGGCGCUCAUGUGCAGACAGAGAACUCCAGAGAGCUCCCCUGCUGAGCGCCAGCCCCUGCUGAAGCCCUAGCCAUGAAGGAGUUGGUCCUCGGGGGAUGAACUUGACCGAGCGUGCCUCACAGCUAGCAGGCCAGCGUCGGCGGCACCAUUCUUAAACAAGCAUGGUUUCUUCACCCCCCCCUUCAUCUUUCAACGCUUACUGCAUGGCACUUUACCACGUCCCCAGAGUUCCUGUCCCAUUCUGAUGAUGACCACUGAUUUGAAAGCGGUCCAUGGACGGAUGGAAGGACAUUUAAUAGUGCAGUAGUUCUUUUUAUCUUUUUAUUUUGAUGAAUAACCCUGUCUUGUUUUGUUCAAUCAUGUGUUUUUAACAAUCACUGUAUAUUGAAAGAGCUGCUUUUAUGCUUAUUUCAAGAGGGAGAAAUUAAGAUCCUAUGAAAGUAGCCCACGCUUUGGGAAAGAAUGAAAGGAACAUGUUUGUUACUCUACUGAUGUUAGCCUUUAACUUGAGUUCUAAAAAAGGACACCGUAAUCCUGAGUGGCUUUGUUAGUUUUGCUGGCCUGUGAUAUUAGCUUUGGCUAACAGGGUCUUCCUCACCUGGCAGCGUUUCAGAACAGAGGGAGGUGAAUGAUUGGACAGAUAGUCCACGAGGUAUGAGGCAAUAAUGCACUAUUUGACGUAUUUGUGACCUACUGUAUCUGGGGCAGAAAGGAAUACUUAAAUCCCUUUUUCAUCCACUAGUCGUAGAGAGGGGAAAGCAAAAGGUACAGAACCAGUCCUUUGCCACUAACUUUAUUAAUUAGAUAGGCUGAUAAAGAAAGAAAAUUCAGAUUUUUGUAAGAAUCUACUUUCUAUUAUUAUUUUUUUACCCUCGAUCUCCUUUGAAGAGCAUUAUUCAGUGCUGACCAGAGAUAGGGAACCCCAUAAAUGCGUCUCUUGUGUUUGCUGCUUCAUUCUUUGUUUGACAUGAAACGUGAUUAGGCUUUGUACUACAGAUAUUCUUCAACGCUACAAGAAGUGCACAAACAUUUUAUGCCCGAUUGUAUCACAAUCAGAUCUCAGUUCUCUUUCACGUUUUAGUCACUGAUAACUUGGAUGUCCUACUUCUAUAGCAUGUCCAUGCAAGAAGGAUGUCAAUUGACCCAUCUUUACAAUAGCAUUGCCGAUAGGAGUUCUUGUAGUCAGUGGUUACAGUGUCAAUGACUUAUUUACUACAUACAUUAGAAGCUGUGCUCGUACUCACACACUCUGUUAUCUCACACACUCACAGGAAUCAGUUACUGAGAAGCAUCAUGACUUACCAGUCGUGAUGUAAGAGGUAACCACUCCCAUGUACAGCUGGACAUUUUUUUUGAAGCCUUGAGCUUCCUUCCACCUUCUGUGUGAACAUGCUGAUUAAUGUCAUCCCAUGCUGAGCAGGUCAACACAGUUAAGGGCAGCAGGUCACUCACACAUAGCGUUUCGUCCCACUGUUCUCUCCCACACAGGUUGCUAGAUUUAGAGGAAAAAGGAGUAUAGGAAACCAUUCCCAGACUACACUUAGUCAUUCUGUCCCCUGUAGUUAUUCAGGAGUUAUAUUAUUUUUGCUUUAUUUUUUACAUGUACUUUUUAAUUACUUUUUGUUUUGUAAGAGUUUGUGUUCCAAGUGAUCGCAGUUGUGCCCACUGAUUGAUGGAUUUAUGUUGCGUUGCUUGGUGUGAGCUCAGUGAGCUCAGUUACUGUUACCCUGCUACUCUGCUCAUUUGACCUCACUACACCUGCCCAUUAGUGCCCUCAAACUAUCUUAUCAGGAAGACUGAAGCAGGUAGUGGGCGUGUUGGACAGUAUCUCUCCAGAGUGCAGCACACAGUUCUCCUGUGCAUACACUAACCCUCACAUUCAAAGGGAACUCCCAUGUCAACUCCCACUAAGAGAUGCAAUCUUCAAAAAAGGAAUAAACAAAGAAACAUUGCUCUGGAUUUUGCUCUUGUUUUCAACAGUAUGUAGUGAAUGGGAGCUCUUUAUGUUAUAGUCAAAUUUGUUGCCUCAUGUUCUCAUGCUUUAAUCUGCGUCGGACAUCGCACUCAUUUACAAUACUGUCAAUGCAGCAUUCCCUUGUGCUAUAGGACUGAGAACAUGUAAUAGUUGGUCAGUCAUACAUCCAUUUUUGUGUGCAUUGCAGUAUUACAGAUGUUUCAGUGUAGCAACUGAGGUUGUGUUCUGACUUGAUGUACAUGUCUGAUGUCUAUUUACCUACUCUAAUCUGCACUACAUUCUCCAAGUACAUGUGUGUUUAGCACAAUAUGGCCUAAAUUACUUAAAGCCACAUUUUUUGAGUUUUGCUUUCAGUUCCAUCAGGUAUUUUUUGGUAACAAUGUGUGUAAAUGAUUGUUUAUGUGCACAUAGUAAUUACACUAUAGGAUGGAUAUGGAAAGAUUUACAUGUUAUGAACAGACUGUUAAUAUGGGAUACUGCUUCUAGUGUUAAUGAAGAAAACUGACUUGUGAUCAAUUCAUGAAUUAUGUCAAUUUUAAAUUUUGACAUUGAUAUUUUCUUUUAUUGCAUUGUGCAAAAUUGGAUUUUCUUUGCUCUUUUCUAAAAAAAACAAAACAAUGUAAACACCAUAACUGUGGCAAUAUAAAAGAUACUAUGUACAUUACCCAUAUCUCAUAUUUACAAAUAAAUAACAGCAAAGACAUCAGAUAUCACAAAUAAAUUCUUUCCAAGAAACCAAA